GUGACUCGGCGGGGACGCGCGGGGUGAGCUCCGGGCCUCGCCACUUCCGACGCGGACGUUGGUUCAGGUUCCGGGGCGCCGCGUUGCUCUUCGCCUGCGGCUCGCGCGCGGCGCUCUCCGGAGCGGCCCUGCGGCGGCCAGGAUGGAGGAGGCCGGAGCGGCGGUAGCCACGGGCGGGGAGGCCGAGCUGAAUUUGUCCCGCCUCAGCGUGUCCCACGAGACGCUGGAGUUGGAGCUGGAGGCUUGGGGCGAGGAGCGGCGCGGCGCGCGGGAGGCGCUGCAACGGCUACUGCUCUCGCACAACCGUCUGGUGUCGCUGCCGCGGGCGCUGGGCAACGGCUUCCAGCACCUGCAGCUGUUGGACGUGAGCGGCAACGCGUUGACUGAGCUCGGGCCGGAGCUGCUCGCGCUGCGGGGCCUGCGCACGCUUCUGGCCAAGAACAACCGGCUUGGCGGGCCCGGUGCGCUGCCUAAAGGCCUGGCCCAGUCGUCGCUCUGCCGCAGCCUCCAAAUGCUCAACCUCAGCGGGAACUGCUUCCAGGAGGUGCCCGCCUCGCUGCUGGAGCUGCGCGCCCUGCAGACCCUCUGUCUGGGCGGCAACCAGCUACAGAGCAUCCCGGCCGAGAUCGAGAACUUGCAGAGUUUAGAGUGUUUAUAUCUUGGAGGAAACUUCAUCAAAGAAAUCCCACCAGAAUUAGCAAAUCUGCCUUGUCUGAAUUACUUGGUAUUAUGUGACAACAAAAUCCAGAGUGUGCCUCCUCAGCUUUCACAGUUGAAUUCACUUCGUUCCCUCAGUCUUCACAAUAACUUGCUGACAUAUCUGCCUCGAGAGAUCCUCAACCUUAUUCAUUUGGAAGAGUUGAGUUUGAGAGGAAAUCCAUUAGUUGUUCGUUUUGUUAGAGAUUUAACCUAUGACCCUCCAACUCUUCUGGAAUUAGCUGCACGGACCAUUAAAAUUCGAAAUAUCUCCUACACUCCUUAUGACCUUCCUGGGAACCUUCUUAGAUACUUGAGUUUAGCCAGCAAUUGCCCAAACCCAAAGUGUGGAGGAGUCUACUUUGACUGCUGUGUCAGACAGAUUAAAUUUGUGGACUUCUGUGGGAAGUACCGCCUCCCACUGAUGCACUACCUGUGUUCGCCUGAGUGCUCUUCCCCUUGUAGUUCUGCCUCUCACAGCUCCACAUCCCAGAGUGAGUCUGACUCGGAGGACGAAGCUAGUGUUGACGCACACAGAAUGCAGAAGGUUCUUCUUGGUUGAAAGAGUGCAGGGUGCUGUGAAACACGGCAGGACUGAGCAAGGGUGUUUAGAAAGAAAAUAGACAAUGAAGGUUAUUGGAAAACUUACCUUCAUCUUGAAUGUUCACGAAAGAACCGAGGUGAUGUGAAAGAUUUUGUGUUUCAUGUACCGACUUAGUAGGACUGAGUCCAGUCCCAUAUUUGGAUUCUUUGGUUAUAAUUUACUCUGAGUGGCAGUUUCAAAUUUGACUGACUGUGUAGUUUUCACCCAAGUUUUGCGUGAAUCACAGCAGAGAGGAAUGUUCAGAAGAGUAGUGCUAUGAUAAACCAUGGGUGGUGUUGCUUGUCACAGUGAGAUGAAGAAAUCAUCAAAGCUCUAAUUAUUGCCACAGUUGUCCUUGUGUUUAGGUAGAACACUGCAUCAUAGCAGAAUUAACCCUCCCUUGUAUUGCCUAGAUGUCUAGGUUACAGAGUUAUUCAGAUAAGUUCAAAGAUGGUUACAGAGGACCUAAACCUUUCUGACCUACCAACUGGUAAAGCAAGGGAUAUAACUUGUGUGUGGGCUUUUAAAAGCCUUUGAUUCUGCUCCUUUGUUCUAUGUAAUUGUUGUUACCUUUAUAUAAUCCAGCAGUGACUAUUAUGGUGCCUUAACACUAACAGAGAUUUAGAAGUUUAUUUAAGAAAUGAUGCCAGAGCAGCCUAUAACCUGACAUGCUAUGCAGAACACUUUGACAUAUCCAUUACCAGAACUAGGUAAACAACUGUAUAUUAAACUGACAGCUACCUUAAUUUCAUUUUUUGUUUAUUUAAACAUGAAGUGAUCCCCUGUAAGCAAAUCACUUUUGCACUAAUGGGAGGCCACAGUCUUGAUGAACCUGUUAGCAUUAGACAGAAUAAUAAAUAAUAAUUAAUAAAUCGGUCAGAUUUCUUUUAACAGAAAAGAGAUGUAAGCUUGGAAAUUUUCUUUUAUCUUACACUAAAGAAGUGGAAAAAUUAUUUUAAAAUGUUUGAGUCAAGUAUGGCACUUUUACCUAUGUGCACUGAACUGUAACUUUCUCUACAUUUUAAAUAAAAAACUAGGAAAGCAUUACAAGCAAAAUAAAAUUGGGGGCAGCUGUCAUUUGUGUAAAGACUAAAGCUGUCUUUAAAUUGUGUGAAAUAAAGCAAUUUCCAAAAUUAAUUUAACCAUGGAAUACUUUAUGAAAAUAAUGUAUUGAUAACAUAUAAACAUUUGUUAAAUAUAUCUUUUAAGUAUAGCAGAAAAAUGGUUUCUCAAAUUAGUUGCUAUUAAAAAUGACCAAAUUUUUACUGACUAGUUUAAUUUGCAAUAAAAAUUGAAUAAUAGUACAAUUACAAGUUUACAUUAUACAGUGUACAACACAUACUAGCAAUCAUUGGGUAAGCUAUGAUAACAGGAUGGUUCGUUGCUAAAUGUUACCUAUACAGUAAUAAGGUCAGAAAUGCAUUGGCACAUCAGAUGAUUUCCCUCUGACUUCGUGGCAUUCAUGACUGGCACAUCACUUCUUAAAAGCAGAUUGUUGUGUAAUAAUCUUAUGUGUACAUGUGUUGGGUUUUUAUCACAUUUUUUUAUUUUAGAGCAAAAUAUACUGUAGAAUAGUUCAGGGUUUGUUUAUUAUAUGUUAAUUCAUGAAACAUCAUGAGAGUUUCAUGACUGCAGUUGUGAAACGCUGCUAUAAGAGUGAAUCCCUUCACCUUGUUAAAAUGUAUAAGAAUCCUUUUUCCUUCUGAUGCAGAAAUUUUCUAACUGUAUCUAUAGAAGUAACCUAGUAUGUUUCUUUGGCCUAGGAAAGUAGUAUAUGGGUGGUUAUAUCAUAAAACAGAAGUAAUAGAGUCUUUGUUUACCUUCCCAUUUGAGCCAUGGCAAGGCUGCAUCCUGCAAGAUUACAAAACGUAACGAUGACUUUAGGCAGUGCCUAAGUGACAAACCCAAAAUGUUUUGUAAGUUAAGUGGCUUAGUUAAGAUACAUAGAAUAUUUUCAUAGAAAAUAAAUAACAUUUUUAUAUUAAAGAAAUUGAUAGGACCAAAUUUUUGCGUCCUAAAUGGUUCCGUUUACUUCCUAAUUCAUUACCAGCUUGACCUAAGUAACAGUUUGGGUAUAAUCAUCUAAGAGUUAGUCUUUGUAAAAUAAAUGGGUAGGUAUGUAAAUGCAGUACUUACUUUUACAUAACGUAUUUCUGGCUUCCUAGAAAGAAGGUAUACGGGGAUUGAUCUUUUACAGAUAUGAACAGGUCCAACCAGAGAGUUUCUGUCCUUUGCUGUAUAAUGUAGAAUGUAUAUCAUAGUAUACAACAAAAUAUCGUUUCAAACAAAAUAUUUGUUGAGGUUCUCUAUAUGUACAUUUGAAAAUCUGAGGUUAGUGUGCGAUUGUUUUUGGUGACGUUUACUGAAAUCUGUUUUACUGAGAAAUUUUGCUGAAAUUUUAACUGUUUUAUCUUUUUUUUUUUUUUACUCUGACCUAACCUUUUACAGUAUAAUAGCUCCUAAUAAUUUUUAUGAUUUUUCCCUGUUUCUUUUUUCCCUACUUUCCCUUUUUUCAUAACGGUGAUUGUAGAAAUUAACCAGAAGAUGGGAUACAAGGAACUUGGUAUUUAAAAAACAUGAUCAGCUCCCUAGUCGUAUAGCUGACCAUGUAUUUAAAAUGAUAGUCUCUUUAGUUGCUAAGUUACAUGUUUCUGUUUAAGUUACAGUUGCUAAACCUUACCAGUAUGUUUUGAGAUUUACAGAAUCUGCACUAAUUUUCAUAGUGAAAUGGGUUUUUGAUAUUGCUCCUGCUUGGGCAAUUUUAAUGACCAGUACUUUUGUAGAUAAAACUACUUAACCAAAACAUUAAUGUGUUUAGAGUGGAAUUCUUCAGUCCUAAUAUUUGAAAUUGAAAUGGUUACAUUGAGUAUUCUUAGGCAUCUUAUUCCUAGAAUCCAGUUCUCUCAGUGUCACCCAACUGAGUUGGUGAAAUAGUUCUAGGAUUUUAGGAAAUAGGAAGAUUAGCUAAUACAGUAUUUUGUUUCCACAGUGCCAGAGAUUGGCUGACCUAAAUAUAGGCUAGUCAGGGUUCUCAGAAUUCCCUGAGUUUGAGUUGUGGAGGGAAAGGUCUGCUGUUACAGAGGCAAUGUGUACUGGAGGAGUCUCUCAUUCUACAUUUCUUGAUAUUUGGAAAUUUAAGUUAGUAAAUGUAAAAGUGAAGACUAGCAUUGUAAACUGUACCUCAAAUUUGAGAAAUUUUUGUGUUGAUAUAAAUAAAAGUUAAAGGCAGUCCACACUAGCUCAGUGUAUUACUGCAGACCAAUUCUACCAAAUAUUGUAAAUAUCAACUUUAAACAAAAAAAGAGAAGGAAAAGGCUAAUUGCUGGAGUGUUAAGUGAAAGAAAUCUUUAAAAGUAACAAAGGGCAGAGAAAGAGAAGUCACCGGGCAAGCAGGGAUAUCCCUGAGCCAAGAAAGUUCAUUAGUAAUAGUGAAUUGUUUUAAAAUUAAGUGACCCUCUGACUACCAUCUGAAAACUUGUAUCACUAAAUUUCUUCAGUUUCUGCUAUUGGCAGAUUGUCCACAUCCCUCCAUAAUGAAGCGCCAGCAAGUAAUGGAAGCCAACCUUGCUCUUUCCAAAGGGAAAAAGUAAGACCUCAUUAACCUGAAAUUUGUGGUACAGCCUUGGUUAACGUUUACCCUUUUACUAUGUAAAGAGGAAAAAAUAACUAAGCAAAUAAUCAGUGCAAAUAAAGUUUGAUCUUUUAAAGCAUUUCAACAGUAGCUGUUUAUAGAAAGCUGUACUAAAAGCACUAUGGAGGCAAAACUUUUGUCAGUUAUACUAUAUACAUAUAAAAUUAUUUAAGCUGCAUUUAUUUAGAAAUACCUAGUUUUUACCUAAGUGACCCCCUUUGUUCUCAGCUAGAGUAGAGACUUUAUGUUGUCAAUAUAAAUACUGUUCCUCAUUUAGUCUAACAUAGGUUUUAAGUUGUGCUGGGCAUUUAACAACAGUAAAGGCUACUGUGUAGGUUUUAGGCAAUAUGAUCUGUAAUACAUAGUUCUGUUUCCCUCCAUAGAUAAGAAGUACUUGACCUUCACUGUUUCUGUAUUAAACACUAUAUAUAACACUAAUCUAAUGAAUUUAAUAACAUUCAAUUUUGUAUUUUUAUCAUAUGUGCCUUACUUAAAUCCUUCAUCCUAGACUCAAAGUUUGGGGAACUGUUUGUGACAGCCUCAAGUUCAGUUAGUUGUUUGUGACAGCCUCAAGCCCCUUGCAUUUGACUUGAGGGAGGAAGACUGACCCUGAGGGACUCUUUCCCCUAAAACAGGUCCUAGUAUCAGUGAGUUUAGGGCUUCUGGAGAAUGAAUCCCAAUCAUGCAUACUGUCAUAGUAAGUCAAAGCCAUAAGGACCAGGGUUCCCUGAAACAAAAUGAGUAAAAUGGCAUAUCCUCUUUUAUAUUAUUUUAUAAGGAAAAAUUAUCUGCUACCACUAAGAGAUAGCAACAGUUCCUAACCAAUUUCAUGUUAAUAGCAUCAUAUAAAGGUAUUGCUGUGAGGCAUAACAUAUUUUGUGAGUAGUUUCUUUGUAAUACUAGGUUGAAAGGGGGAUUAUGUUUUAGUAUUUUUGCAUAUAGAAACCUCUGUUUGCUCUCCUUGCUCCAUAUUUGCUAAGAAUUGAUGUAGAAGAUAACAGUUUACUAACAGCAAACAUACAUUACUGAACAGUCACAGGGUAAUACUGAUUUGGGUGUUAAUAGAUUUUUACUGAGCAUUUGUUGGUCUCAAUUAUAAUAUGGGGCAGUAUUCAAUCUAGUAAGUAUUAAAAUGUAUUAGUUUAAUGAAGGUUAUUUAUAUACCCAUCCUACCAAAAAGUCAUACUUGCGUAUCUCCAUUCACAGAACUUUCUUCCUUCAGCUGUGAAUAAAUUGGAUAAAGCUGUUUUAUUCUAAAUUCCAGUUAGGAGAAGAAACUGUGAUAAGAUUGGCACUGCUGUUGUUAGUAUUACAAAAACAUUACUAAGCUAGUUAGUCCUUCUGUCUACAAGUGAUGUUUUAAGAGAAUCCUCUCACUAACUUAAUGGUUGACAGUGAUGGAAUCAUUAAUAUGAUGUGCUAUGUUAUUGAGAAGGAAUAUUAACCUCAGCAGUCACUUUACAACAAUCCUAGAGAGACCUGUGUGCCUGCAGUUGGUAUUUGUUACAUUUCUGAACCCACUUUGUAUUCAUGAGAAUACAUGAAUUCUAAAAAGUAAUGGGAGAAAUAUUUUAAAUAACCAGUAGUUUAACUUCUUACAAAGUUUGGGAAUGUAAAGUAUCAACAAAAUAUAUGUACUUAUGCUUUAGUCCAAUUUUUAUGAUCUGAUUUGUUCAUUUUCUAUAUCUGAAAUCUUGUGAAUUAGGAACAUCUGUAGGUAUAUAGAUAUUUAAAACUUAAUAAUAACACUAAAUGUAAUACAGCAACAUGAUUCAACAAAUUUUAUUUUCAAGAGAAGAUAUAGUUUAUUGCAUCAGAUCUGUAUAUUACCUUGUAAUGGUAAAUGUUCUAAAAAGAAUAUUGAAGUUACUUCAAUUUUAUAUCUCCUUUCUUCCCCCAGGACACACAAAAGAAUGUGAUCUUAUAUUAACCCUCUGUCUGAAUUCUGCCUUAAUCAAACAAUGUGCCUUAUUUUAUUAAAAGUGUUUUGUUAGAAUCUGAUUCUGUAUUAGUAUUUUAGUUCUAAUUGACAAGCAUUUACUUUAAAAAAAAAUCUAAAGUCUUUAUAAUGUU